AUGCUUUCAUACAACCGUGCCAAUCGUAUGGUCGCUAUUCUGUGUAAUCAUCAACGAGCUGUUCCAAAGGGUCAUGAAAAAGCUAUGGAAAAUUUGGAACAGAAGAUUAAAGAUAAAAAGCACGAACUCAAAGAGGCUAAAGCCGAAUUAGAGAAAGCAAAAGGACCAGCUAAGGAAAAGGCUCAGAAGAAAGAUGAGAACAAGCAAAUUGCAUUAUCGACUUCAAAACUCAACUACCUUGACCCUCGCAUUUCAGUAGCAUGGUGCAAAAAGUUUGACGUUCCAGUUGAGAAGGUCUUCAACAGAACUCUUCGAGAGAAAUUUCGUUGGGCCAUCGACAUGACCAUGUCAUCAGAUGAAGAAUUUGUUUUCUAA